AAGACGCCGCAGUUUAAACUGUCUUGAGCGGCGAAAGCCACACUCAAGGUCAGCAUGAGCAUCUAUGAAGACUCCUGGGAGAGGCUAGACACCGUGUUUGAUCAUGUUCUGCUUGACAUGAAACCAUUUGUGCUUAAGCAUCCCAACAAGACAGAGCGCCAGCGUUGUGCUGUCUGGAUAAAGAAACUGUGUGACACAGCCACAUGUGGUUCAGGUUUGAUGGAACGGAAAAACCGCAAUCAGUAUGCCCGUUUGCUGCUUAACAUGCUCAAACGAGGUGUCCUGGAGGCGCCUUUCAGUAGCAAACCGGAGCCUGGAAACCUAAAGGCACUCCCAGACUACUUGUUUAUCUACUAUGAUGUGCCAAUGAUUGGUCGACCAGCGGAGCAGAGCAUAGGCGGUCUGCCUGAAUGGGUGACGGGAGAGCUGGGGGAUGGUACUGAUGAUAGUUUGGCUAUGGAUGAAGGACUACUGAAGGACAGACCCAGUUCUACACCUGUUACUAGUCAUCACAGGAGACGGACCUAUGAAGAGAAGGACCGUUCUCGACUUGUGUCCUUCAGUCCACUCAAACAUGCACCCAGACAAGAUGCCAGAAGGGUGGAUGGGGUGUUAAAAGCAGAUACGUCUCGUGAAGACAGUGACCUGGACGCUCAUCUCAGCAGCUGGAACCUAGGGACUGACAUGAAGAUCAAAGUGUUGGCGGCAAAGCACCAGGAGGAGAUACUGAAGAUGCAGCAGAGACAUGAUGCAGAUGUUGAGAAGAUUUUAGACCGCAAAAAUCUUGAGAUUGAAGAGAUGAAGAGCCUUUACCGGGCCAAGCAGAAGGAAUCGGAGGAGAUGAUCCGAACGUUGGAGAAGAAAGUUCAAAGUGUGCUGCGUGAAUCCCAGGUCAUCUGUGAGAGCAAAGAGAAGCAGAUAGCCGAGCUGAAGAAGAUGUCUGAUCAGAGUGCUGACUCUUUAAAAAAUGGGUGGGAAAAGAAGCUGCAUGCUGCCGUGACAGCGAUAGAACAGGAAAAAUUUGAGCUGCGGAAGAAACACACGGAGAGUAUCCAGGAGCUGCUGGAGGACACCAACCAUAGACUGGCUAAGAUGGAGUCUGAGAACAGCGCUCGGGCACAGGCCACUGAACAAACGAUGCGUGAGCUGGAGCUGCGGGUGAAGCAGCAGUCAGCAGAGCUCGAGAAGGGCAAUGUGCUGCGUCAGAAAGUGACACAGGAGAAGGCCCAGUUGGAGAUCCACAUUGCAUCAUUCAGCGCUGAGCUGCAGGAGGCCAACAGACGGAUUAUGAUGCUGCAGCAGGAGAAAGAGCAGCAGAGCAAGCAGCAUGAGCAGACCGUACUGAAGCUCCAAGCCAAAUAUGAGACUGAUUUGAACCAUUUGACUCAGGAACAUGCUCUGUCUGCUGCAAAGGCCAGUGACAUGUUAGAAGACUUGGAGAAGACUGUGGCACAACUGAAACAGCAGCUCCAGGAAAAUGAGCAUGGAAGACACCAGCAAGUUCGGGAUCAAGAGCUGAAGUUUCAGCAGGAGAAAGAUGAGUUGCAGAUCAACUGUGAGAAAAAGGUGUUGGCAGUUCACAGUGAGGCUGAGAAGGAGAAAAUAGAGGCCAAGAGGAAGACUGCAAAAUUAGAAGAUGCAUUAAGGGAGAUGGAGAUCCAGCUGGACAGAGCCAGGGAGAGCCAAAGGCAGCAGAUCCACCAGGCAGAUAUGGCACUGGAGCAGUUCAAGAAACAGGCGGAGCUCAGCUCUGAGAGGACUUACGCUGAUAUGAAACUUCAGAUGGAAAAGGUUGAAGAGGAUCUGAGCCACUGCAAAACCCUGAGGAUGAACCAGGCCAAAAAGUUCUCGCAGCAAGUCGAUGCUCUCAGGCAGAAAUAUGAGCAGCAGAUGGCUGAGCAGCGCACGCAGCACGAGCAGGAGAGGACGCGGCUACAGCAGCAGCACAAAGCGGAAAAGGACAGCCUGGUCCAGGAGCACCAGCAGGAGGUGAGCAGCUUGGAGAGGCAGGCCAGGGCCGCCCUGCAACAGCACCAACAGCUCACCCAGGAGUGGAGGAAGCGCAAUGCCAAGACAGUUUCCGAUUUGGAGGCUCAGGUUUCAAGUCUAUGUGAGGAGCUCCAACAGGCCCAGGCCCAGCAUAAGCAACGGCUGGCUGAGAUGGCGUCGCUCCAAGAGGAGGAAAGGCAAAGAGCCACCCUGGACAAGGAAGCAUCCCUGGAGCAGCUCCGCUGGGAAACAGAGCGAAUUCGCAGCGACCUCCAGAAAAGCCACCAGCAGGAGAAGGAUGCCACUCGUGAGAAGACCAACAGCAGGAUGAAGCAGAUUGAGAAGGAGUACAAUCAGAAGCUUGCCAAGUCUGCCCAGCUUAUCGCUGGGCUACAGACAUCAAUAUGUGACUCAAAGGAGGAGGCUGUUCGUUCGCAGCAGGCGAUGGAGAAGCAGCUGGAGGAGGCCAACACUCGUUGGGAUGAGGAAAGAAGGACGAUCACCCACCAUGCUGACCAGAGCAGCAAGGCUCUGCAGGAGAAGGUGGAAAGUCUACAGAGGCAGCUGCACUGCACCAAGAAGAAGCUGCUCAACAAGGAGCUGGAGACUGAGGAGAAGGUGACCCAGGUGCAGCAGGAAUACGAGGAGAAGAUUAAAGGUUUGAUGCCAGCUGAACUCCGCCAGGCACUGGAAGACACCAUCACCUCUCUUAAAGUUCAGGUCAGCUUCCUUCAGAAGACCAUCUCCGUGCUGCAGGAAGACCUGGAUGCCUGUCGCAGCAGGAGGUAACACGACUCAACAUUCACAAGGACAAGAAGGACAAAGUCUCCCAUCCAGUGUGAGCAUUACUGACUGUUACGAGUAGGUCACACACGUCAUCGCCUUGGGCCAGUCAUAUUUAAGUUUAUUUUUUGGUUUCAACUCAUAUAAAUUAUGUGUUCAUUGUCAGUUUUGUUUUUACUGAAGAUGUUCAUUUUUGCACCUUUCUCUGUUUAAGUAUCUAUUGUGUUUUAUUCAUAUUGUUAACUUAAUAUUCUCAUUGUUGAUAUAUAUUUGUUAU